GAGCUCCACGCACGCCUCAACGAGGCCGAGACGCUGCCCACCGCACCGUUCGGACGCCACAACCCGAACGAGCAGCUCUUCAUUGCCCACGCGUGGUGCUCUUUGAAAAUGCUGGCAGCAUUGGAGCUAACAGACGUUCCUUUUCACGUGCUACUGGGCACACACAGCACGGCCACGGCCCUGCAGGACUGGCUGCUGAAGGCCCUGAAGAUCCCGGAGGCACGCCGUCGCGACGCGAACCACUUCGCUGAGCUCUUCAACGCCGCCACGGAGGAUUUCUUCUUGCACGCUCAGCAACGCGGGAUCACGGCCACACCACUCUCAAAACACACUUUAGCGACGUGCAUCUUAUUUCGCCUCUUGCUCACUUCGCAGAAGCCUCCAAAGGCAUCCAUUCUACGCUGUGGGCCUAUCCCGCGGCUUGUCGCCAACUUCAAGGGCGACUGUGGCAAGCGGUACACGCCCCUGGACGCGUGCGGUGAGGAUGUGGAACUCGCGGCGAACCGACUUCCGGCCCACUGCGCCCGCCUCGCAGCCAGUGCUGCACAGCCUGUAGGGUCACCGGACCUCAUGCUUCCCGUGGCCUCGCAUCCGGUGAUGUGCUGGAUUUGCGGCGAAGGGUUCGCGCACAACGGCGCCUCCUGCAAGCACUGUUGCGACGCCCGCGGCGGUUGCGGUGAGUACCGCAAGAGGCCCUUGUGGCGAGCACAACAGGACAGUUUCAAGCCCUUGUUGCCCUGGCUCAAAAGGCACAUCUUGCAGUCCGCCACCUUCCACUUGACGUUCUCGGUGCCUGGUGCCUUCUCGCUCCAUUGGAACCACCCAGAGGCCAUCGCCGUGGCAAAGGCGAGGUGCGAGGUGGCCUGCGUCGCUUGUGCACGGAAAGAUUGGCUUGAUAACCGUUAUCCCGUGCAUCUUUGGCGGGGGGCCACCGAACAACGGACUAUCACGCAGCUCCUGCACACAGACAGCGGAACCUCGACGUUCCUCACUUGCGGCGACGCCCUUUGCUUCGCGGACCGUGACAAAAUCAACGGGCACUUGUCCACGGACGGGUGCAUGGAGCGAUGGCCGUUGAUCCCGAAGGCCGAGCUCCUCACCUCUUCUCUGCUGCGCCCUUCAGACCACUCCAUGGCGCGGCUGCUGCGCGCCCGACGCACGCCGCUCCUACCCGACAGCCGACAGGGUCGCCCCAGCAGUGCUGCACAGCCUGUGCACCAAAGGGGCCAGCAGGGCAGCGCUGAACAGCCUGCAGCCCGCGAUGUCGGGGCACCGAUGUGCGCUGGGAUCGGCGAUCUUCACCAGACAGCGCACAUUUGCCACGUUUGUGCUGUUUGUUUGUGCACCGAAGAGAAGUUCAUCAAAAUGCCAGAGUUUGCCCUCGCAGGCGAUCUUUGGCCUGGUCGGGGGCGCACUGCCCUUCAGAGCGCACCCCUGGGUCUACGGAUGUUGCUGGGCCUUGGCAGAGCAUGUUUCCGCAAACUCUUGCUGGGCAAGGGCCAAAAAGAGACGCUGCUGUCAGGAUUCACUGGCAACCGCAUCCUGAUCUCGCAAGCUUCGGCCACACUCGCGGAGGCACUACCACCGUCCUCCACGCACUUGAAGGACAGUUUCGUUGUGAUUUUUGGCCAGGACACUGACGACUUGCGCAAGUGUCAGCUCCUCACCGUGCAGCGCGAAGCCUACAAGGCCCUCGCUGCGGAGCGUGCCCGGGUCAACGCCAUCUUCGCCGAGAUUCCCGUGGACCAGGCCGCCGUGAAUGCCCUCCCGCCCAACGGCGUGCCACAGCAAUUCCUGGACUGCGCCGUCCAGAUGCCUGAGGUCGAGCGUUGCAGCGCGACGCGCUCAGGGCCGGGCACCGUCCGCGAUUCUUUGGGCGCGGCCCGCCCCGUGGACGAUGCCUCCGACGAGCUUUCUGAGAGCGACGACGGCGAGCACACUGCGACAGUGUCAGGGGGGGCUGUUCCAGCUGGCGCUGCACAGCCCAGCGCUGCCUCGCAGAACGUGGAGCACCUCGACCAGUUCGAAACCCCAAUAGGCAUGGACCCUAAGGCCGUGCCCGCGUUCAUGCAGCACGCGGCCGCCUUUAAGCGCAACUUGGAACACGCGCGGGCCGCCCGGCAGCUGAACACCCACAAUUGGGAGAGGAAUCUCGCUCUCCUAGACAACGCUGCCGAGUCCGACAAGGCCCUCUUCGUGCCCUCGCAGAAGCCUUUGAGCACGUUCGACCCGACGACGUGA